CUCCCCAUGUGAGGCCUUCGCUCUGCAGAAGAGGCCACUGGGGCUCAGGCUGUGAAAGCCAGCCAUGCGUGGCAGGGCAGGGACCAGAGCCCAGGCUUCAGACCUGCUUGAGCUGCCCGUGCUGGGCAUGGCGCGGGCAGAGGCCGGAGGUGCCUGACCCUUCUCAGUGCCGCCAGCUCAGCCCCCUUGCCUGCGCCCACCUGUCUUAGCUUCCUCCUCCAGAACCUCGGGCGUUUCCUCCCUCACAGAACUGUUGAGAGCACUUGAUCAGCUGAAACCAGCAAAGGGAUGUGAUUGGUACCUGCCACACCUGUAGACACUCGUAAGCCUUCUUCUUAUCUUCCUUCCUCUCACCGUCCCGCCCCUCUGCGCGGCCCUCUUCCAGAUCCAGCCCCAACCUCAGACCGUGGAGCAUGGCUUCCCCAACCAGCCCAGCGCCCUGGCCUUCGACCCUGAGCUUCGCAUCAUGGCCAUCGGCACCCGGUCUGGGGCUGUCAAGAUCUACGGUGCCCCCGGCGUGGAGUUCACGGGCCUGCAUCGAGACGCGGCCACCGUCACCCAGAUGCACUUCCUGCCUGGCCAGGGCCGCCUCCUGACCUUGCUGGACGACAGCAGCCUCCAUCUUUGGGAGGUCGUCCACCACAACGGCUGCGCCCACCUGGAGGAAGCCCUCCACCACCAGCCACCCAGUCGCCCGGGCUUUGAUGGUGCCAGUGGCCUGCCCAGCCUCGCCCGCAUCACCGUGGUCCUGCUGGUGGCUGCCGGUGACCUGGCGGCCCUGGGCACUGAGGGCGGAAGCGUCUUCUUCCUGGAUGUUCCCACCCUGACGCUGCUCGAGGGGCAGACCCUUGGCCCCGACGAGGUUCUGCGGAGCGUGCCCGAGGACUACCGGUGCGGCAAGGCCCUGGGGCCCGUGGAGGCGCUGCAGGGACGCCUGCUGGACCCCGCCCGGAUCCUCGUCGGCUACAGCCGAGGCUUGCUGGUCAUCUGGAACCGGGCCGCGCGGUGUGCCGAGCGCGUCUUCCUGGGCACCCAGCAGCUGGAGAGCGUGUGCUGGGAACGCAGCGGCCGCACGCUGGUCAGCUCGCACAGCGAUGGCAGCUACGCCGUCUGGGCCACGGACGCCGGCGACUCCCCGAUGACACAGCCCACCGUGGCCACCACGCCCUACGGCCCCUUCCCCUGCAAAGCCAUCAGCAAGAUCCUGUGGCGAAACUGUGCGUCUGGCGAGCACUUCGUCGUCUUCAGCGGCGGCAUGCCCCGCGCCAGCUAUGGCGACCGCCACUGUGUGAGUGUGCUCCAGGCCGAGACCCUGGUGACGCUGGACUUCACCUCCCGCGUCAUCGACUUCUUCACGGUGCACAGCACACGGCCCGAGGACGAGUUCGACGAGCCCCAGGCCCUGGCCGUGCUGCUCGAAGAGGAGCUGGUGGUGCUGGACCUGCAGACGCCCGGCUGGCCGGCCGUGCCCGCUCCGUACCUGGCCCCGCUGCACUCGUCCGCCAUCACCUGCUCGGCCCACGUCGCCAGCGUCCCCGCCAAGCUGUGGGCUCGCAUCGUGAGCGCUGGCGAGCAGCAGCACCCCACGGCGGCCUCCAGUGCCUCGAGCUGGCCUAUCACCGGGGGCCGGAACCUGGCUCAGGAGCCGUCCCAGCGAGGGCUGCUGCUGACUGGGCACGAGGAUGGCACCGUGCGGUUCUGGGACGCCUCGGGCGUGGCCCUGCGGCCACUCUACAAGCUGAGCACGGCCGGCCUCUUUCAGACGGACUGCGAGCACGCCGACAGCCUGGCCCAGGCCGCCGAGGACGACUGGCCACCCUUCCGCAAGGUGGGCUGCUUCGACCCCUACAGCGACGAUCCACGGCUCGGCGUGCAGAAGGUGGCGCUCUGCAAGUACACCGCCCAGAUGGUGGUUGCCGGCACCGCGGGCCAGGUGCUGGUGCUGGAGUUAAGUGAUGAGCCGUCGGAGCAGGCGGUGGGCGUGGCCAGCGUGGACCUCCUCCAGGACCGUGAGGGCUUCACGUGGAAGGGCCACGAGCGGCUGAGCCCACGCACAGGGCCGCUGCCCUGGCCGGCCGGCUUCCAGCCCCGCGCGCUGGUCCAGUGCCUGCCGCCGGCUGCCGUCACUGCCGUCACACUGCACGCCGAGUGGGGCCUCGUGGCCUUCGGCACCAGCCACGGCUUCGGUCUCUUUGACUACCUGCGCAGGAGCCCCGUGCUGGCCAGGUGCACCUUGCACCCCAACGACUCCCUGGCCAUGGAGGGGCCGCUGUCUCGCGUGAAGUCGCUCAAGAAGUCGCUGCGCCAGUCCUUCCGGCGCAUCCGCAAAAGCCGCGUCUCGGGCAAGAAGCGCUUGACCACCGCGGGCAGCAAGUUGCAGGAGGCCAAUGCGCAGCUGGCGGAGCAGGCCGGCCCCCACGACGUGGAGGUGACGCCCGUGCAGCGCCGCAUUGAGCCCCGCUCGGCCGACGACUCCCUCUCGGGCGUCGUGCGUUGCCUCUACUUCGCCGACACCUUCCUUCGUGACGCGGCCCACCACGGCCCCACCAUGUGGGCGGGCACCAACUCGGGCUCCGUAUUUGCCUACGCGCUGGAGGUGCCGGCGGCAGCGGCGAACAGCGACAGGCGGCCCGAGCGGGCAGUGGAGGCCGUGCUGGGCAAGGAGGUACAGCUGAUGCACCGCGCACCCGUGGUGGCCGUGGCCGUGCUGGAUGGACGCGGCCGCCCGCUGCCGGAGCCCUACGAGGCCUCAAGGGACCUGGCACAGGCGCCCGACAUGCAGGGCGGCCACGCUGUGCUUAUCGCAUCCGAGGAGCAGUUCAAGGUGUUUACGCUGCCCAAAGUGAGCGCCAAGACCAAGUUCAAGCUGACGGCCCACGAGGGCUGCCGAGUGCGCAAGGUGGCCCUGGCCACUUUUGCCAGCGUGGCCUGCGAGGACUACGCCGAGACCUGCCUGGCCUGCCUCACCAACCUGGGCGACGUGCACGUGUUCUCGGUGCCCGGCCUGCGGCCCCAGGUGCACUACGCCUGCAUCCGCAAGGAGGACAUCAGCGGCAUCGCCUCCUGCGUCUUCACGCGACACGGCCAGGGGUUCUACCUGAUUUCCCCGUCGGAGUUUGAGCGCUUCUCCCUGAGCGCCCGGAACAUCACGGAGCCGCUCUGCUCUCUGGACACCAGUUGGCCGCGUGAUGCCAUGCGUGCCGGCUACAGGCUCCGAGAGUCACCCAAGCUGAGCCAGGCUAACGGGACCCCCGGCGUCGUCCUGGGCCCACAGAGCCGUGGCGGAAGCCCCGAUGCCACGCGCGCCGAGGGAGCUGACACCCCGGAGCCGCCUGAGGCCACGCUCUCACCCACGUCCGCCGACUCGGCCACCAGUGCCGACACGACGCUGGACACGACGGGGGACGUGACGGUGGAGGACGUGAAGGACUUCCUGGGCUCUUCAGAGGAGUCCGAGAACCUGCGGAACCUGUCAGAAGAGGACGAGGCCCGAGGCUGCCCCGUCCUCAUCGCAUGAGGCGCUCAGGACUGCCAGGCCUGCCCUGUUCGCAGCUGGGACCCAGAACCCCGGCCCUUCACGUGGACCUGCACCUGCUAAUCUCAGGCUCCAGCGGGACCUGCCCAGCCUGGCCCCAGAGGCCACCCGGGAGGUCAGGUGCCACAGGGGAGGGCAGCUGGGGUUCACAGCCUGUCACCUCCCAGGCGACAACACCGUCCUUUUCCUCACCUUUUGCAAAGAGUAUUUUUCUAACGCCUGUGCCAGGCACCACAGUCAUUUCUACAACUAUUUUGGUACGUGCUCCUUCCUGGGCCA